AUGUUAUCACGCAAUGUUGCUAAGAGCCUUCCAUUGAAUAGACCACAAAACACGAUAAGUCUAACGCAAAUAGUAUUUCAAAGAUUCAAAAGACAAGCAGCAUCAAAUCAAUUGAAUUCAUCUACACAAAAAAUCGUAAAUCAACUAUCAGUACUAUCAGCGAGUAGAAAACAACCAAGAUUAAUACAGUUAUGUAACGAAGAUUUGAUUAAACAUAGAACAAUAAUGAAUGCAUGGAAGUUGGUUCAAAGGAAAAAACAACAAAGAAAAGAUCAUCAAUUAAGUUUACAAUACAAAAGUAUACAUAAUGCAAUGGAAUCCCUAAAAAAUGAAAGUUCAGAAUUAUUUGAAGCAGCUAAUAAGAAAUCAAAAUUAAAAUUUACUACUUUUCCUAUUGAAAUGAGGGUGCCAACUGACUAUCCACCAAAUAAGCCAUGGGUUUAUGCAUAUAGUCCAAAGAAAUAG